AUGGCUGUGUCCCCAACACCCGGCACUGCUGUGCGGAAUGUUCCUGCUCUCAGGGGUGCAGGCGAGUGUCCCGCGGGCUGGAGCAGGCGCGCAGGUCUCGGCUCUGCCACUUCGGGCGCAGGCGGGAGGCCCGGCCCUCCGCACCUGCAGCGAUCUCGGGCACCUGUGGCUGCGCCCCGUGCGACUCCCGGCCAUGGCGCGCGAGGAGGCGGAGGCUCCGAGCGGCCGCCGGGGCCGCCUGUGAGCCGGGGCCGGAGCAGGGACCCGGCGGGGCCGCGCGCGAUGCCUGUCCGAGCGGAGGCGAAGGCGGCGGGGCGUGCGGUGGCCCCGGCGCUGCUGCUGCUGCUGCUGCUGCUGCUCCCCACCGUGCCGGCCCGCGCGCCGCUGCCCCCGCUGCAGCCCGGCAUGCCCCACGUGUGUGCCGAGCAGGAGCUGACCCUGGUGGGCCGCCGCCAGCCCUGCGUGCAGGCCUUCAGCCGCGUGGUGCCCGUGUGGAAGCCCGGCUGUGGGCCACAGGCCUGGUGCGUCGGCCACGAGCGCAGAACCGUCUACUACAUGGGCUACCGGCAGGUCUACGCCACGGAGGCCCGGACCGUGUUCAGGUGCUGCCGAGGGUGGACCCAGCAGCCGGGUGAGGAGGGCUGCCUCUCGGCCCAGUGCAGCGCUGGCCUCUGUUUUAACCGGGGCCACUGCGUGCCAGGCUGCCAGCCGUGCCACUGUCCCCGCGGCUUCCAGGGUCCCCGCUGUCAGUACGAUGUGGACGAGUGCCGAGCGCACAACGGCGGCUGCCAGCACCGGUGCGUGAACACCCCAGGCUCCUACCUCUGCGAGUGCAAGCCCGGCUUCCGGCUCCACACGGACGGCAGGACCUGCCUGGGUGAGUGUCACCUGGAGACCCCUCCCCGCUGGCCUCAGCCUGGGAGGUACGUGCCGUUCUCUGGGGGCCUCGGGGGCCCCAACUGCCGCUCCCUCCGGGGCCCCGGGCUGCACCGACACUCGGCACUGGGGCCUCACUCGAGCCUUGAGUCCCGCCUCAGAAGCCGCCCCCUGGCCUGGGAACGGCGCCCUCGCCAGGAGUGCGGCACCUCCACGGGUGAGACACAGGUGACGGCCGUGUGGGUGCAGCCGGGAGGAUCUGUCCCACACUUGGAGGCAAAUCCUCUGCUGGACUCUCGGCUCAGGGCUGGGUCCGAUUUGCAGGACCUCGGCCAGGCCCCAGCACCCCUGUCCCUGGGCAUGGCGGCUGCAGCCACCACUCGCGUCCAGGCUCACGGCGGCCGGCACCGCCUGCCAGCCCGGCCGCGUUCCGCUGCAGGCAAGGAUGGCCGGCGCUGUGCGCGCGCGGGGGGGCUGCCGCCCCUGGGCGCACGCCGGCAAGGGGGCCGUGCGCGGCGAAGCCCGUGCGCGGACAGGAACGGCGGCUGCAUGCACACGUGCCAGGUGCUCCAGGGCCUGGCCCGCUGUGGGUGCCACUCGGGCUACCAGCUGGCAGCGGACGGCAAGGCCUGCGAAGCACGCCGUGAGGAGUCAGAUCCCAGGCGGGCGCUCUGCUCCAGAACCCUCGCCUGCGGCCUCAGCCGUGCAAUAGCGUUGUCCCCGCACCUCCGGGUGUUUGUGACACGUGGACGAGUGUGCCACGGGGCUGGCCCAGUGUGCCGCUGCCAGUGCCGGCCCGAGUUCCAGCUGCAGGAGGAUGGCCGGCGCUGUGUCCGGCGAAGCCUGUGCGCAGACAGGAACGGCGGCUGCAUGCACACGUGCCAGGUGCUCCAGGGCCUGGCCCGCUGUGGGUGCCACGCGGGCUACCAGCUGGCAGCGGACGGCAAGGCCUGCGAAGACGUGGACGAGUGUGCCACGGGGCUGGCCCAGUGUGCCCACGGCUGCCUCAACACGCCAGGGACCUUUAAGUGCGUGUGCCACUCGGGCUACGAUCUGGGCGCUGAUGGCCGCCAGUGCUACCGGAUCGAGAUGGAGAUCGUGAACAGCUGCGAGGCCCACAACGGUGGCUGCUCCCACGGCUGCAGCCACACGAGUGCGGGGCCCCUCUGCACCUGCCCCCGCGGCUACGAGCUGGACACCGACCAGAAGACCUGCGUGGAUGUGGACGACUGCGCGGACUCCCCGUGCUGCCGGCAGGUGUGCACCAACAACCCCGGCGGGUACGAGUGCGGCUGCUACGCCGGCUACCGGCUCAGCGCGGACGGCUGCGGCUGUGAGGACGUGGACGAGUGCGCCUCUGGCCGCGGUGGCUGUGAGCACCACUGCACCAACCUGCCCGGCUCCUUCCGCUGCUCCUGCGAGGCCGGCUUCCGGCUGGACGAGGACCGCAGGGGCUGCUCCCCGCUGCAGGAGCCCACGGUGGACCUGGACGGCCAGCUGCCCUUCGCGCGGCCCCUGCCCCACCUCGGGGUGCUCCAGGAUGAGCUUCCGAUGCUCCUGCAAGACAACUACGUGGGGGCCGAGGAGGAGGAGGAGGCGGAGCUGCGGAGCGAACACACGCUCGUGGAGAAGUUCGUCUGCCUGGGCGACUCCUUCGGCCCCGACUGCAGCCUGACCUGCGCCGACUGCAGGAACGGAGGGACCUGCCUGCCGGGCCUGGACGGCUGUGACUGCCCCGAGGGCUGGACCGGGCUGGUCUGCAACGAGACUUGUCCCCCAGACACCUUCGGGAAGAACUGCAGCUUCUCCUGCAGCUGUCAGAACGGGGGCACCUGUGACCCGGUGACCGGGGCCUGCCGCUGCCCCCCGGGUGUCGGCGGAACCCACUGUGAGGACGGCUGCCCCAAGGGUUUCUAUGGCAAACACUGUCACAAGAAAUGCCACUGCGCCAACCGGGGCCGGUGCCACCGCCUCUACGGGGCCUGCCUCUGCGACCCGGGACUCUACGGCCGCUUCUGCCACCUUGCCUGCCCCCCCUGGGCGUUCGGGCCGGGCUGCUCGGAGGAGUGCCGCUGCGUGCAGCCCCACGCCAGGUCCUGCGACAGGAGGGACGGCAGCUGCUCCUGCAAGGCCGGCUUCCGCGGCGAGCGCUGUGAGGCCGAGUGCGAGCCGGGCUCCUUCGGGCCGGGCUGCCUGCAGGCGUGCAGCUGCCCGCCGGGCGUGGCCUGUGACCCUGCGAGCGGCGAGUGUCGGAAGCAGUGUCCCGCUGGCUCCCGGGGGGAGGACUGUGGCCAAGAGUGCCCGAGGGGGACAUUUGGCGUGAACUGCUCAGGCUCCUGCUCCUGUGAGGGGGCCCCCUGCCACCCGGCCACGGGGCAGUGUCUGUGCCCGCCCGGGAAGACUGGGGAGGACUGUGGGGCAGAUUGUCCCGAGGGCCGCUGGGGGCUUGGCUGCCAGGAGAUAUGUGUGGCGUGCGAGCACGGUGCCCGCUGUGACCCCGAGACCGGAGCCUGCCUGUGCCUCCCCGGCUUUGUCGGCAGCCGCUGCCAGGACGUGUGCCCAGCAGGCUGGUUUGGCCCUGGCUGCCAGAUGAGGUGCUCCUGUGCCAACGACGGGCACUGCCACCCGGCCACUGGGCGCUGCAGCUGUGCCCCCGGGUGGACCGGCCUGCGCUGCCAGAGAGCCUGCGACAGUGGGCACUGGGGCCCCGACUGCAGACACCCCUGCAACUGCAGCGCCAGCCACGGGAGCUGCGACCCCGUCAGCGGCCUGUGCCUGUGCGAGGCCGGCUACACAGGCCCGCGGUGCGAGCAGCGGUGUCCUCAGGGCCACUUUGGGCCUGGCUGUGAGCGACGCUGCCAGUGUCAGCACGGAGCAGCCUGUGACCACAUCAGCGGAGCCUGCACCUGCCCGGCCGGCUGGAGGGGAACCUUCUGCGAGCGCGCCUGCCCGGCCGGCUUCUUCGGACUGGACUGCCGCCGCGCCUGCAAUUGCACUGCCGGAGCCCCCUGUGACGCCACAGACGGCUCCUGCCUCUGCCCCACGGGCCGCUGGGGCCCCCGCUGCGCCCAGCCCUGCCCAGCCCUCACCUACGGGCACAAUUGCAGCCAGGUCUGCACCUGCUUCAAUGGGGCCUCCUGCGACCCUGUCCACGGGCACUGCCACUGUGCCCCCGGCUGGAUGGGGCCCACCUGCCUGCAGGCCUGUCCAGCCGGCCUGUACGGCGAGAACUGUCGACAUUCCUGCCUCUGUCAGAACAGAGGGACCUGUGACCCGGUCUCAGGGUACUGUUCGUGCCUGGAGGGCUGGGCUGGCCUGGCCUGUGAGACUGAGUGCCUCCCCGGACGUUUUGGAGCCGGCUGCCUGCACAACUGCAGCUGCAACGGCAGCCUCUGCGACCGGCACACGGGCCGCUGCCUCUGCCCUGCUGGCUGGACUGGGGACAAGUGUCAGAGCCCCUGUGCCCAGGGCACCUUCGGGCCUCGCUGUGAGGAGCGCUGUGCCUGCCGGCGGGGAGCCCCCUGCCACCCCGUCACCGGGGCCUGCCUCUGCCCCCCAGGGUGGAGGGGCUCUCGGUGUGAGAAUGCCUGCCCACGGGGCUGGUUCGGAGAGGCCUGUGCCCAGCGCUGCCGCUGCCCACCUGGUGCCGCCUGCCACCAUGUCACCGGGGAGUGUCGCUGUCCCCCUGGCUUCACUGGCUCCGGCUGCGAGCAGGACUGCCCACCUGGCACCUUUGGGGAGGACUGUGGGCAGACAUGCCAGUGUCGAGGCAAGAACCAGGCCUGCCACCCCGCCACGGGGGCCUGCACGUGUACCGCCGGCUACCACGGCCCCCGCUGCCAGCAACGCUGCCCGCCUGGGCGGUACGGACCAGGCUGUGAGCAGCUAUGUGGAUGUCUCAAUGGGGGGUCCUGUGACGCGGCCACGGGGGCCUGCCACUGCCCCGCUGGGUUCCUGGGGGCCAACUGCAGCCUCACCUGUCCGCAGGGCCGCUCCGGCCCCAACUGUGCCCACGUGUGCAGGUGUGGGCGGGGGGCAGCCUGCGAUCCUGUGACCGGCACCUGCGUCUGCCCCCCGGGGAGGGCCGGCGUCCACUGUGAGCAAGACUGCCCCCGGAACCGGUUCGGCGUGGGCUGCGAGCGCGUGUGCCCCUGCAGAAACGGGGGCCUGUGCCACCCCGCCAACGGCAGCUGCUCCUGUGGCCUGGGCUGGACGGGGCCCCGCUGUGAGCUGGCUUGCCCCACUGGGCGCUACGGCGCCGACUGCCGUCUGGAAUGUUCCUGCCGCAACAACGGCACCUGCGAGCCCACCACGGGCGCCUGCCGCUGCGGCCCCGGCUUCUACGGCCAGGCCUGCGAGCACCCCUGUCCCUCCGGCUUCCACGGGGCCGGCUGCCAGAGGGUGUGCGCGUGUCAACAUGGAGCCCCCUGCGACUCCGCCAGUGGCCAGUGCCACUGCCCCGCCGGCUUCCGUGGCCAGUUCUGCGAGAGCGGGUGCGAGCCGGGUUCGUUCGGAGAGGGCUGCCGUCAGCGGUGUGACUGCAAGGCGGGGGCACCCUGUGACCCUGUCACUGGCCUCUGCCUUUGCCCACCUGGGCGCUCAGGAGCCACGUGUGACUUGGAUUGCAGAGCGGGCCACUUUGGGCCCGGCUGUGCCCUGCGCUGUGACUGUGGGGGCGGGGCCGACUGUGACCCUGUCAGUGGGCAGUGCCACUGUGUGGAUGGUCACACGGGGCCCACGUGCCGGGAAGGUGGGCCCCCCCGGCUGCCGGGGAGCCUGUCCCCCGUCCAGGGCCCAGCAGCUGUUCUCCUGGCCUCUGCCAGAGCGGCCCCCGCGCGCAGCAGCAGGGCAGCGGAGCCCUAGCUCAGGGACAGCCCCCAGAUCCAGCCCGAGGGGACCCAGGCCUUUGGUGGCGACUAAGGAGGGACACUGCCUGGGCCCAGGACUCCCGGCCCCACCCUUCUCCUCUCCGCGGCAGCUGCACAGCCUCUGGCUCUGGGGGGGUGUGCGGUUGAGGAGAGAGGCCCUGCCUCUCUCUGUGGGACGCAGGCCUCUGAGGCUCUGUGGGACGCAGGCGAGUGGACCAGGCCUCGGGCCGCGCCAGGUGCACCGGGCACCUGUGCUGAGGACGCCCCGCCCUGCCCUGGAUCCGGACUGAGGGCAGGUGUGGGCGCAGGUGCGGCCCGGGGCUGCUGCCCUCCGGGCGGUUUCUUCUGGUGCUAGGCCCUGGACUGCUACGCUCAGCGACUGUUUACCUGGAAAUAUAGCCCAGCCAUAUUUAUGUAAAGGUAUUUAUGGGCAGUGGCACAUGCCCGCCACAGCCCUGGGUCAGCCGGAAGCUGCCCACUGUCUUCCUGCCGCACCCCAGGAAGCCCUGGCUCACGCCUGCAGGACCCCAGGGGGGUCUCCGGGCGGCAGGCUCAGGUGCCAUGUAAAACCCAGUGCGUU